AUGGGUCUCUCUGAAAUUAGGUUGGAUUUUGUAUUUCUGCCAAAUAAUAUAUCUCCUAGCGCGAGCGCCUGCUUGAAUCUACUUCUUACUCAAAUGGAUAUACCAGAGAAAUACAAGUAUCUGUUCAAGUUUUUGAUUAUUGGAGCUUCAGGCUCUGGAAAAACAUGCAUUUUACGAAGAUAUACUGAAGGAAAAUUUAUACCCAAUAUGCCUCAUACAAUUGGAGCAGAAUUUGGCAGUAAGAUCAUAAAUAUAGAUGGGACAACUGUUAAAAUCCAGAUAUGGGAUACUGCAGGUCAGGAGCGUUUUCGAUCAGUGGCUCGUUCAUAUUACCAUGAUGCUGUUGGAGCACUGCUAGUCUAUGAUAUUACUAGUAGAGAUUCGUUUAAUGAACUAGCCUCUUGGUUGUCCGAUGCACGAACUCUUGCUUCGCCUGAUAUCAUGAUUGUACUAGUUGGAAAUAAAAAAGAUUUACAGGAUAGUGAUGGACAUGUAACUAAUUGGGAGGCUAGUGCAUUUGCUCAAGAUAAUGAUCUUCAUUUCUUAGAGACAUCAGCACUUACUGGUGAAAAUGUUGAAGAAGCUUUUAUUCAAUGUGUUCGUAAACUUGUUUUUAAAAUUAGAAAUGGUGAAUUAGAUCCAGAUCGUUUAAAAUGUAAUCGACACUCAUCUAGUUUAACAUUUAUGGAACAUUCAAAAUUUAAUUCUAUCCCAAAAGUUCAUGUACAAAAUAAUGAUUCAACACUUUCAUAUGAAUGUAAUUGUUGA